CCCGCCAUGCAAAUGGAAUAGAUCACUUUUUCAAAGUAGCUACUCUUUGUCAUAUGCCGCCUCCGUCGUGCUGCUUUCAAGCAUUUUCCCAUUUCCUUUAGGCAGACGCAGCCUGUUCACUGUGAGCAUUCAGCCUACCCCGAUGGUCUCCUGGUAGACAUGGAUUACAAACUGCAUCCCAAUUUUUGAUCACUAGUUUCACAGGUCAAACCCAGGUUUAAGAGCAGAUUUCUUGAGGAAAGAAACUCCACAUGGAGCUCACAGAAAACAAGAACAAAAUGGAAUUCAAACAAACGAUGUGGGCCAGAGCGGUAAUACUUUACUGCGGCGUGGUAUUCCUCUACCACCAGGCUUUAGCAGUGGAUACCUACAUGGCUGAGUUCAUGGUAGAGAGCAAUGUUACAUUGGACAUCUCUGGUAUUCUAUCAUCGAUCAAGGAAAUAACUACAGAUAAUGGGAGUAUGACUAUUGAACUGCUUGAACUAACAGCGGAAUGUGAAAUUGUUGGGGAUAAUUCUACAUGUAACUGUUCGACAAAGUACAUCUGGAGCAACGCAGUGUGUGACGAGUUCCAGUGUUGCAAUGACUCAUAUUGUAAUGCAAAUAUUUCUUACUUGCCGGCCUUCUGUAUUCCCAAAGUGAAAGUUUCCUUUAAUGGAACAGUCACUGUGGAAAAAGUAUUUAGUGAAACUAAUACUAUCAAACAACAGCUCACAGCGGGUUUUCAAAAAUUAAAUGGGUUUGAGGGCCUUAAUGUAUCUGGACCUAGGGGUGAUGGCCACAUUGUUGAUUUCGAAGUGGAUCUCAGUGUCAUAUUUCUGACUAAAAAACUUACAAAAAUAACAGCUGACCUGGAAGCUACUGUAGGCUCCUCUGCCAAAAUAUCUGUUGAAACAUCAGGAUUUGUAAGCAUUACGUAUCCAAUGAACCAAGUGCCAUACCGCUCAACACCGACACUGAGUUGCACAUUUAAAGAAACAACAUUUGAUGAAACAGAUGGCUCUUGGAACUGGAACUUGAUAAAGGGAAGUGAGACAUUUGUUCUGAACACUGGAACCAGCAUAACCGUCACCUUCCCAGAGGCAUCACCUAACUGUACCACAGUCCAAAUUAAAAAGUUGUCAGGGAACUGGGCAGGAAUUUAUAAGUGUGGAUUUUCCAAAGGAUCCAUUGUGCACGCAGCCUCUGCAGAGUUGAAGGUAGCCCUGCUACCAGAUCAGAUCACCAUGACGAGUACCCCACUGACUGUAGAAUGCCAAGGUACAAGCCCUCAAAGUGUGAUGGUCAAUGCAACCAUCGAGAACAGCACGGAGAUGUACAAUGUUACUUGGUCAUACCAAGCUAAAAUGGAACCCCCAAAUCCAAUCACAGCGGGGACCAGCUACAGCAUAACUCCAAAGAUAAAUUGCGAGCAAUCAACAUUACCGCAUGUUUUCACAGUCAAAUUUACAAACCAGGUGAACGAGACUGAAAGUGCAAGCAUAACUAUACCAGUGAUAUAUGCUAAGGAAAAGGAGAUGGCUUGUUUAGAAGACUAUCUUUGGCCAAAAACCCCAAAAGGUGACACUAUUGUCAUCCGACAAUGUGAGCCGAGGAGAGUGGGGUAUAACGAGAGGACAUGCAAGGGGCCUGCAUGGAUGGAUGUGCUGGAUAACUGUGUCAAUGAGGAACUUAAUAAAAUUCUCAUCUCAGCAGCAAACUUUAGAGAGGGACUUGGGGCCACACAGGACGUUGCUCGUGAAAUAUUUUCUGGGUUGAAGAACAACACAGUUGCUGACAUGAACAGCUCAGUUGCUGAUUUGAAUGCCUCCAUCAGUGUUCUGGAUGUCAUGUCUGAAGCAUCAGAAACUAUCACCCUGGAUGAGUCUGUUUUAGAUGUUUUUCUUGGUGCAGCAAGCAACAUGAUGAAUAACCCAUGGAAGGCAGUCAACAAAACCAUUGAAUAUGGAAUGUCUUCAAAAUACCUCAAGUCUGUCGAGGGUCUAGUGAAGAACAUCAAAAUGAAUACCAGUAACGGAAAUGACACCCCAAAUCUACAAUUCAAACUCUGCCGAGCUCAAAACAACUCAUCUUGCAAUCGAACUGUGUUUGGCGUGGAGGUCAAAUUGGCCCAGUCCUCAGGAAUAGUAAAAACUGUGGGAGUAAAAAACCUGGCUGACAAAUUAAACAAUUCAAAAUUCCCAGACAGUGAGUUCCCUAGCAUUGUGGUGUCAGCCACACUGCAAAACAGUAACGACUCCAAAAUAGACAUCAAAUUGAACUUUCCCAUCAACCAGUCAAUGUCUCGAGACUCUAAAAUCCUCUGUGUGUUCUGGAACACCACGUUGAAGGAAUGGUCUGAAGAAGGCUGCAAGUGGAAGGAAAUGGUCAACAAUAGAAGCUACUGCGAGUGCACCCACCUGACCUCCUUCUCAGUGCUCAUGUCCAAGACCCCGGUGAACCUGCCCUUUCUGGAUGAGAUUACCUACGUAGGCCUGGGCGUGUCCAUCUGCUCCCUUAUUGUCUUCCUCUUCAUCGAGGCGCUGGUGUGGUCGGCCGUUGUGAAGUCCAACCUCUCACACUUCCGCCACACAGCCCUGGUCAACAUCUCUCUAUGCCUUUUAUUGGCUGACUGCAGUUUCGUGGCCUCCUCCUUCCCCAGCAUCUCUGCGACCUGGUGCCUCGUCCUGACCGUGACCAAGCAUUUCUUCUUUCUGGCUAUGUUCUGCUGGAUGCUAUGCCUCAGCAUCAUGCUACUACACCAGCUCAUCUUCGUCUUCCACCCGCUGAGGAAGAGGGUGUAUCUGCUCUUGUCCACCGUCCUCGGCUACGUCUGUCCCACAGUGAUCGUGGCAGCUAGCUAUGUGUACUACAAAUACACAGGAAACCCCUACCACAACACAACAACCUGCUGGCUCAUUUACGAUGGACUUCUGAAAGGGUCCAUUCACGCAUUUCUUCUGCCCGUCGGGACGAUUGUUUUGAUGAAUCUGUUCUCCAUGUGUGUUGUCAUCAUGACGCUCCUAAAGUCCAAUGUCUCUGAUGGGAGUAAAGCCGACGAGAAAGAGGCAGCCAAAAGCAUCCUGAAAGUGGUGGUCUUUUUAACACCAGUCUUUGGGAUAACAUGGGUUUUCGGAUUCUUUGUGCUCAUUGACUUCAACCAAAUAAUGGAUGUUGUGAAGCAUUAUGCUUUCACCAUCAUAAACUCCUUACAGGGCUUCUUCAUUUUACUGACUGGAUGUUUUGCAGAGAAAAAGGUGCGAGACGAAGUGUUGAAAGUAAUCUUGGCUGGGGCACCUACUCCCAAAGAGAAAAGUGAGAAUAUGAAAGUCCCCUUCAAAUAAGUGAUGAACAUCAAGAGAACUAGCUAUAUACUGGAUCAAGCUAUAUACUGGAUCAGGACCAACCCACCCAUCUGCCACUACUCUCACCCAGAGGGAAACAUCCACCUGGUUGGUUCCUCAAAGACAGGGAUGGGUGGGGUUUAGGUGGUGUUUAGGCAGGUCUUAUCAUGAUUUAAUUAUAUUAUGUCAAUAACAUAUUACGUUUCAUAUUAAUAACUAAACUCAUACACAUGAAUCAAUUGCUAAACACAUCUUUGUGAUUUCCUGGAAAUAUUUUUAUUCCUAUUUUCUACAAACAGUACUGUAGCAUACUUUGACGUCAGAAGAGAUGUCAUAAUAUUACUGCUAAUUUGGUCAAUGACAUUUCGUUAAUAUGAUUUAUUAAUUGAGUUGUCCUGUAGAUUAAAUGUGUAAAUCAAAUUAUUGUAAUAAACAAUAAGGCCGGGAUUCAAUCAGAGGGGUGCUGUAGACCAGGCCCGGUCCUGGUUGUUCUGCCGCCCUAGGCGAGACAAAAAAAUUGUUGCCCCUGCAAAACUAGAAAAGUCCCAGGAAGAAAAAUGACGUUCAAAACACUUAUACAAUACGUAUUUUCCAGAUGUUGAAAUCAGGUAAAUUUUCGGUUCUGAAUAAAAGUUGAAAAUAAGUAAUUUAUAGGCCAAAUCAUUUUGGGCCAAAUCAAGUCUGGUCCAGAAUAGAAAAAUCUGAACCAAACAUUGAUUGGUUCAGAUUUGGUCCAUUUAUGUGGUAGGCUUACCGUUUGUAAAACAGCCAAAAAAGACAGCCAAAAGAUGUCGGCGUUGGUCCAUGCUUACUGGGGUGUAGACUACCAUGUCAGCACACAAUGGAAUUUUAUGAAUGCCCAUCCAUGUGGUAGGCCUACCGUUUGAAAAAAACAGGCAGUUGCAUUGCCUUUAUUAGUUCUGAUUCCUAUGACUAAUCAAUUUGGCUAUUUAAGCUCUGAAUAUCAGCUACCCAACUUCAUCAGGAGUUAUCCUGAGCCUAUUUGCAAUGAGAAUCAAUGAGUUUACACAGUGGGAAAUGCAGAAGUAUGUUUGUUUUGCUCGUCAAACAUUAUGGAUACAAACUUGAAACCACUGGACCGAGUUUGGGACGAGUCUGUUGUAGAAAAGCACAUUGCCUAGCGACAAGGUGUCUUUUAAAGGCUAUCUCUCCAACAUUUGAGGAGAUUGCAUUCAUUUUAAACACUGCAGAUAUUGUCUCAAGCGGGAAAUUAGCUUCAAAUGCACUUCAAUUGCUGUGCACUUGUAGACAACGCACCUUUGUUGAAUCCUGGCCUAAUUGUUAUUUAUUUUAAAGCUAGAGUAAAAUCUAUGGUGAAAAAUGAUUUAGGGGCUGUCAAUAUUUUAAGCCAUAGUUGAACCCCUCCUCCCAAAACCAAUGUGUAACCUGAAGUUUUUGUGCUUUUUGUUUUAUCUUUUAAAUGUUUGCGUUAUGCUUUUUUAACCAGGUCUCUCUUGCAAAGUACAUUUUUAAUCUCAAUGAGACUAAGGGCUCUAUUAAAUCCGUAUCACGGAAGUUCAGAGUUACAGUGUGAUUAGCCGGAGACUGCAUUCACGAUAAAUGUCACGUAUACUCCCUCUCUGGCCUUUAGGUCACCAGACUGCUGGUUAUUACGCACACCUGUCACCAUCCUCACACGCACCAGCGCUUAUUGACCCUCUCCUGGCCUAUUUAUGUCACUCCCUUUGGUUCCUUCCCCAGGCGUUAUUGUUUCUGUUUCAGUUUCAUGUCUGUGUGCUGCUAGUGUUUCUUGUUUUGUAUUAUGUUCCGUUUAUUUAUUAAAUAUUCACCUUUAAAUGUCAAUCGCGUUGUACCACAGACCUUCUGUGGUCUGGAUUGAAUCUAGCCCUAUGUUAAUAAUUAUUUAUUACAUUGUUAUCUGUAUGUGUGUGUUUUUUCAAUCAUCUCAUAAUCAAUUAAAUAAAGUGACAGAAAUCUCACAAA